GGACGGCGAUUCCACAAAUUUUCCAUUUUUUUCGUGAUACAAAGAGGGAAGAGGGGGAAAAGUUAUAUGGUCAAAGCACACGAUGAAGGCUUGGUUACAGAGACGGAACCCUGGCGGCAGCUGAACCACGGCGGCGCACAGAGUCUCAUAUCAACUGAGCUCCGGCAAAGCCAGAGACGAGCCGCUUCAAUUGAACUCCUGUGUUAACUCCGAUGGAAAAUAUAAAUUCGUGUUCCCCCGAAGAUUUAUGAGUAGUAGACUGUCAGUUAUAAACCUGGUGAAAGGUGGUACUUUGGGGAUCAAAGUGAUUGAAACUUGUGUCUGUGUGUGGUCGAUUGGGAAGCUUUGCUGUAAUGGAGCAAGGUACAGCUUCGAAAUUGGCUCAACCAUCCGGACCUGUUGAUAAGUCAAGGGUGUUGGUUGUAAAGCCUUUAAAAUGUUUAGUACCUGUAUUUCCAUCUGCGGGUGGGAUGUCACACAUUGGAUCUCCACAACCUUCACCCUUUGUAUGUGUUCCUCCAAGUGGCCCAUUUCCUCCCGGAGUGGCUCCCUUUUACCCAUUUUUUGAACACAACUCCGGAAGAAAAGCAGCAGAAAAUGGAAGUACUGUGAGAUCAAAGAGGACCACUAGAAAGGUGGUUGCAAAUGGUGAUAAUGAAUCCCAUAACCCGAGUGACUCUGGUGUACCUGUUAAUGAUGAUGAGGGCAGAACGGGAGGAAAAAAGAGUAAAUCUCAAAAACGGGUGAGGAAAACGAUUGAGAUGGAUGACAAGGCUCUUGAAGUGUAUUUUGAACCACUGCUAAAUAAUCUUAUUGAAUCCUUCAAACUAACUGAUUUGGAUACAUAUAAGAAAAAUGAUGGUGACAAAGAAACCGUUUGGCGCGUAUUGUUGACUUAUAAUUUAUUAAGAAGAAAGAUGUCCCAAUUGGAUGAGAAGAGGGAGCCAACUACUGGAGGCAGGCGCUCAGAUCUGAAAUCUGGGACAAUGAUGAUGGCAAAGGGGAUUCGUACAAAUGUUACAAAGAGGAUUGGGAAUGUACCCGGGGUUGAAAUUGGUGACAUCUUCUUUUUCAGGAUGGAGCUAUGUUUGGUUGGAGUCCAUGCCCAAAGUAUGGGGGGUAUAGAUUACAUGAGUGUCAAAUUAUCUCAGUACGAAGAACCUCUUGCUCUCAGCAUCGUAUCGGCAGGAGGGUAUGAUGAUGAGGGGGAUGAUGCAGAUGUUCUGAUUUACACAGGCCAGGGUGGGGUCCAAAGACGGGACAAACAAAUGUUUGAUCAGAAACUUGAAAAGGGAAAUCUUGCUUUGGAGAAGAGCCUGCAUCGUGGCAAUGAAGUCAGAGUUAUAAGGGGCUUAAAAGAUCAUAUGACUCCAGGUGGUAGGGUUUAUGUGUAUGAUGGUUUGUACAAAAUUCAGGAGUCGUGGGCAGAGAAAAACAAAUCUGGAUGGAAUGUUUUCAAGUACAAAUUGGCCAGAGUCCCCGGGCAGCCUGAUGCAUAUAACUUGUGGAAAUUAAUUCAGCAAUGGAAGGAUGGUGUUGCUGUACGGGAUGGGAUCAUCCUGUCAGACCUAGCAGCUGGAGUGGAGAAUCAACCUGUUUGUCUUGUCAACACUGUUGAUGAUGACAAGGGCCCUGCUCAUUUCACAUAUACCCGAACUCUCAAGGACCCUAGACCCUUUUUAAUGCCAAAACACUCUUUGAGCUGCAAUUGCACGCGUGGAUGUGAACCUGGUGACCCCGACUGCCCUUGUCUUGAGAAAAAUGGAGGCUUUAUGCACUAUAGUCCACUUGCGGUUCUCUUGACCUACAAAGAUGUCAUACAGGAGUGCGGUCCGUCCUGUUCAUGCCCUCUCAGUUGUCGAAACCGAAUGUCACAAUCCGGUCUCAAGGCCCGUUUGGAGGUCUUCAAAACAAAUAAUAGAGGAUGGGGACUUAGGUCGUGGGAUCCUAUACGCUCAGGGGGUUUUAUAUGUGAGUAUGCAGGAGAAGUCAUUGAUGCAUCUAGGGCAGGUGAAUAUGGGAGCGAAAGUGGUGAUAGUUAUAUGUUUGAUGCCACUCGCAGCUAUCCUCCCCUAGAAGUUGUGCGAUUUGGUCAGGAUCACUCUCCGAAAAUUCCGUUUGCCCUUGUUAUUAGUGCCAGAAGCUAUGGAAAUGUAGCUCGUUUUAUGAACCAUAGUUGUUCACCAAAUGUCAUGUGGCAGCCUGUUAUACGUCAGAACAAUGACGAGGCAUACUACCAUAUUGCCUUCUUCGCCAUCAGCCACAUUCCUCCUAUGCAGGAGUUGACUUUCGAUUAUGGACUGAUCCCAUCAAGUAGAGCAGCAGAUCGCAGGAGGAAGAGGUGUUUCUGCGGAUCACAAAACUGCAGAGGGAUUUUUUACUAGGGGAUUGUAAUCCUAUCAUCCCAUGCAAAAGGGUUAGUAACACCUUUCCUUUAAAUUUCUGAUUUAAGAAAAGCGAUCCAGCUGCAAUGCCCCCAAAUAAAACCCAAAGGUUGUUUGUGGCAGUAGCUUGUAGAUUCGAGGGGGGCUCUAUAUGUAUCUUGUGUAACUUUUUAAAUUAUAAGGAUCUAAUGUGCACUCUAUUAUCGCCCAGUAGACUUUGCAAGACCAAUUUGGUAUUCUCAUUUUUUUUUUCAGGAUUUGUGUUCUUUGCUACUCUAGUUUGUUGAGAACCCAGCCGGCAUUGCAACGGGCCGCGGUGCGGGAGUUGGUAUAUGG